UUUUCUUAAGCCUUACAUCCUAUGUCUCUUACCUCUCUGCAUCUACUGGCUUGUAGAUGGUGAAUGAAUCUACUGGCCACCGCUGGUGAAUGAAAGCAGCUAUAGCCCACUGCUGUGGCUAAGCAAGUCUGCCAGAAAGCUUGAAGAGGAGCCUCAGCUGCCCUUUACAGAGCAAAAGCAUCCUCUGAGUAGCUAAAGCUUGGACUUCUAAGUAAGUGAUAUGUGGUGAUGCAGACAGAGUGUUGUCAACCAGGGAAGCUCAACCAAACCUUGGUGCCCAGUGUUUUUUGGGGGGCCAUUCUUGAAGAGAAAGUCUGCUUUAAAGGCAUCCAUGCGGAGAUCAUCCUGAUUCUGUUGACAUCCUGAAGUGAUGCUCAAUGCCAGGAAAUCUCUUCAGUCUUUAAAUUUAUCUGUCAAGAUAUUCCCAAGGUGUAGUGAAGUUGGAAUUGGGGGAGAGAGACAGGAAACUGAGGCCAAAGAAAGGCUAAUAAUGGGAUUAAUCAUACGAUAUGCUACAGCACCAACUGAUAUUGAAAGUGGAACUGUGUAUGAUUGUGGAAAACUGGCCUUCAGUCCAUCAACUCUGCUGAUUAAUAUCACUGACCAAGUUUAUGAAUAUAAAUACAAGAGAGAAAUAAGCCAACAUAACAUCAAUCCUCACCAAGGCAAUGCUAUACUUGAAAAGAUGACAUUUGAUCCAGAAAUCUUCUUCAAUGUUUUACUGCCACCAAUUAUAUUUCAUGCAGGAUAUAGCCUGAAGAAGAGACACUUUUUUCAAAACUUAGGAUCUAUUUUAACAUAUGCCUUCUUGGGAACUGCCAUCUCCUGUAUCGUCAUAGGGUUAAUUAUGUAUGGCUUUGUGAAAGCUAUGGUAUAUGCUGGCCAGUUGAAAAAUGGAGACUUCCAUUUCACCGACUGUUUGUUUUUUGGUUCACUGAUGUCUGCUACAGAUCCAGUGACUGUGCUGGCCAUUUUCCAUGAACUGCACGUCGACCCUGACCUAUACACACUCCUGUUUGGGGAGAGUGUGUUGAAUGAUGCAGUGGCCAUUGUCCUUACAUAUUCUAUAUCCAUUUACAGUCCCAAGGAGAAUCCAAAUGCAUUUGAUGCUGCAGCAUUCUUCCAGUCCGUGGGGAAUUUCCUGGGGAUCUUCGCUGGCUCGUUUGCAAUGGGGUCUGCAUAUGCUGUUGUCACAGCACUGUUGACCAAAUUUACCAAGCUGUGUGAGUUCCCUAUGCUGGAAACAGGCCUGUUUUUCCUCCUGUCUUGGAGCGCCUUCCUGUCUGCUGAGGCUGCCGGCCUGACAGGAAUAGUCGCUGUUCUUUUCUGUGGAGUCACCCAGGCACAUUAUACCUACAACAAUCUGUCAUUGGAUUCCAAAACGAGGACUAAACAGCUGUUUGAAUUUAUGAACUUCUUGGCUGAGAAUGUCAUCUUCUGUUACAUGGGCCUGGCGCUGUUCACGUUCCAAAAUCAUAUCUUUAAUGCUCUUUUUAUACUCGGAGCCUUUCUGGCAAUUUUUCUGGCCAGAGCCUGCAACAUAUACCCCCUCUCCUUCCUCCUGAAUCUGGGCCGAAAACAGAAGAUCCCCUGGAAUUUUCAGCACAUGAUGAUGUUUUCAGGUUUGAGAGGAGCAAUAGCAUUUGCCUUAGCUAUUCGGGACACAGAAUCUCAGCCCAAACAAAUGAUGUUUACCACCACGCUGCUCCUUGUGUUCUUCACAGUCUGGGUCUUUGGAGGAGGAACAACCCCCAUGCUGACUUGGCUUCAGAUCAGAGUUGGUGUGGAUCUGGAUGAAGAUCUGAAGGAGCCCACCUCACACCAGGAAGCAAAUAACUUGGAUAAAAACACAACCAAAACAGAGAGUGCUUGGCUCUUCAGAAUGUGGUACAGCUUUGACCACAAAUAUCUGAAACCAAUUUUAACCCACUCUGGUCCUCCGUUGACCACCACGUUACCUGAAUGGUGCGGGCCAAUUUCCCGGCUGCUCACCAGUCCGCAGGCCUAUGGGGAGCAGCUAAAAGAGGAAGAUGUAGAAUGCAUUGUGAAUCAGGACGAACUGGCCAUGAGUUACCAGGAGCAAGCCACCUCACCCUGCAGUCCUCCUGCAGGGCUGGGUCUGGACCAGAAAGCUUCACCGCAGACUCCAAGCAAAGACAACAUUUACGAGGGGGAUCUCGGCCUAGGAGGCUACGAACUCAAGCUCGAGCAGACUCCGGGUCAGUCCCAGCUGAAUUAGUGGUGAACAGUGCAGACGUAAUCACAAGUAAUGCCAGGCUCACUGAGAGAUACAAGCCAAGCUGGGGAGGCAGCAUGGGGAAUAGAAGCUGGAAAAUGCAGUAAGAGCACAAAUUGAAGAGAAUCAAAACCUUGUCACAAGUAUCCUCUGGUGCCUAAAGAAAUGAGAAUUUAUUAUCACCCCUCUCUAUUAUGCAACUGAAUUUAAGUUUUUGACAGCAACCAUUUUUAUUAGCGACUUGGGUGGGGUGGGAAGGGCAGAGAAGCGAGGGAGUCAGGAGUCUCGCUGCUGCUAAGGGAGGAACAGAUACCUUUGUGUCUGAGGGGUUUCCGUUCAGUAGGCAGCUCUCCAGGCCUUCGCUUCAAUUUUGGAUUUCAUUCCCUUCAUUAGGGAGAGGUUAAAAAUAAGGAAAAAAGUUUCUGAGCAAAACAUCUGGCUCCUAAGCUGGAGGUUAUGCCAAGUUAUUUAGUACCUGAUUAUUUGUAUAUUAUAAAGACCUAGACUCCCACGUGCCCUUAAUGACCUCAGGGCUAUUUGCAAAGCCCAGACAAGGGAUCGAUACCACUGCUGAUGGCCUCACAGAAGCCGUGCCGUGUGGUGACCCACUAUUCUCAUGGGCAUUCUUGUCAAGCUGCUUCUCCCAUGGAAUGAAUCAAAGGGUUAGUUCCAGCUGGGUGUACCCUGCGCUAAAUGCAGCUCCGUUUUCUAACUUGGUAGGACCCUUCCAGGAAGAGCGGUUUUCUUUUCUCCAUACUAUAUUUUACCUGAAGAACAAGGCUCCCCGUCCUUGCUUGCAUUUGAGUCACUCCUUAGCCCUGUGGCAGGUCCCCUCUGUACGCUGAGUAAUGAGAUUCCACAGCACAGGUUGUUCUCCACGUGGCAGGAGACAGUGCAGGAGUCCCAACCCGUCUUCCAGACCCAACACCCACAGCUGAUUAGCAAGAGCAGAAGCUAGAGGAGCAGAGCCGAUGAUGCAUAGACCAUACUGAAGACUCAAGGAUGCAGCCUGGGGACUCCUCUUACAAGAUAUGGCUCAUAGCCCAUGACAGACAGACCGACACAAUAGCUUUUAAUUCAGCUGCAUGAUCUGUGCCUUUUAAGCCAUAAAGAUACCUCAAGCCUAGCUUCUCUUGAAAUACAGAUGUUAAUAUUAGACUCCAAAAAAGCAGGCUCUAGUCUUAGGUGCCCAGGCUAUGAUGGGUCUGUUUCUGAAGGAGGUAGGGAAUGAUGUCUUCCUCAGGCCCAAAGCUUAAAAAUAGCAUAUGCUUUGCUAACCAGUUGUUAGGCUAUUAACCAUGGUGGUGUCAGACACACUGCUACAUAUAUUGAUUUUCUUCCAAACAGUAGGAUCCAGGGGCACAAACUGUUUUAUACUCAGCUAAGUAUAAUCUGGUCAUUCCGGGUAAAUAUGCAAAUGGCAAAGCAUGAAGUUUUCUAUUUGACCUAAUCCUAAUAAACUUUUGUCAUAAAGUA